CUCAAAACCGCCGAAAAGUCAAAAACGCCCACGCCUACACCUGUGAAUGACAUAAAGCCGCUCUCACCUUCCCUUCCUUUGUAACCUCUCUCUGAACUCUCAUUCGCUGCCUUUAUCCUCUUGUUUUAUAAACCUCUGUUUUUCACUAAAUUGCACGUCUUACCCCAAUCCAAAGUACUUUUACGCAGGCAGGAUCAUGUUUCGGGAUUCAAUAAAUUGAGUGUUUUUUUUUUUUCCUUUUAAAUUUUUAAUAGAGAUCUAAAUUGUUUGUGGGAGAUGGAGAUGGGAAGCAAAUGGAGAAAAGCAAAGCUGGCUCUUGGUUUGAAUUCGUGCAUGUAUGUGCCUCAAACUCUCGAAGAACCGUCCACCUCGACGACCUCACCCGCGCUGCGGUCCUCCGACGCCGUUUUGGUCUCUCCAUCGACGUCCUCCUCCUCUUCUUCCCGCCUCCUUCGUUUGUCCAAAUCCGGACCCAAAUCCUGCAAGGUCACAUGCGCGAUAUGCCUGAACACCAUGAGACCAGGCCAGGGCCAUGCUAUUUUCACUGCUGAAUGCUCACAUUCUUUCCACUUUCACUGUAUUACUUCCAGUGUAAAACAUGGGAACCAAGUUUGCCCAGUUUGCCGAGCAAAAUGGAAAGAAAUACCCUUUCAGAGCCCUGCCUUUGAUCAUUCUCAUGGAAAGGCAAUGAUCAACCCAAUUCCUCGGGAUGAUGCAUGGAUGACUGUCAUACGGCGGCUUCCCUCCCCUCAGCAAGAAGCAAGAAGGCACACCAAUCUACAUUUCCGUGCCCCUGAGCCACCUAUUUUUGAUGAUGAUGAAGUUUUAGAUCCCCAUAGUGAGUUUAGUGGGAAGAGGUCAUCUUCUAAAACUUCUUCAAUUGAAAAUUUUAUUGGGAAAAUAGAGCUCAAAACAUAUCCAGAAAUUUCCGCUGUUCCAAGAGCCGUCUCUCAUGAUAAUUUCUCUCUUUUGAUCCAUUUUAAGGCUCCCUUUAUAAGUGGAGUAAAAAAUUGCGGCGAAAGCCAGACUAAGUUGCCUUCAACACCAGAAAAUUUGUGUGCUUCCGUGGACCUUGUUACGGUGCUUGAUGUUAGUGGUAGUAUGGCAGGAACCAAGCUUGCUUUGUUGAAACGGGCUAUGGGGUUUGUGAUCCAAAAUCUUGGUCCCUCUGACCGGCUCUCUGUCAUUGCCUUCUCUUCAACAGCUCGCCGUAUCUUUCCUCUUCGUCAGAUGACUGAGACAGUACGGCAGGAGUCACUACAGGCUAUUAAUUCUCUGGUCUCUAAUGGAGGGACAAAUAUUGCCGAUGGUUUAAGGAAAGGUGCCAAGGUGUUGGUAGAUCGUAAGUGGAAAAAUCCAGUUUGCAGUAUCAUAUUGUUGUCUGAUGGGCAGGAUACAUACACUGUCAACAGUCCUGGUGGGGCUGGUCCUCGAAUUGAUUACAAACAUCUUCUCCCUGUCUCAAUCCAUCGCAAUGGUGGUACAGGCUUCCAGAUUCCAGUUCAUGCAUUUGGUUUUGGAUCAGACCAUGAUGCUUCCUCUAUGCAUUCGAUUUCUGAGAUAUCAGGUGGUACAUAUUCAUUCAUUGAAGCUGAGAGUGUAAUUCAGGACGCAUUUGCACAAUGCAUGGGAGGUCUUCUGAGUGUAGUUGUGCAGGAGUUGAAGCUUACUGUUGAGUGCAGUCACUUUAGCUUGCAAAUUAGUUCAAUCAAGGCUGGAAGUUAUCGAUCCAGUGUGUUGGAAAAUGCAAGAAUUGGUACCAUUGAUGUUGGAGACUUGUAUGCUGAAGAAGAAAGGGACUUUUUAGUAACAGUUAAUGUCCCAGCUGUGGAUUCGAGUGAUGAGAUGUCACUGCUGAAGGUUAAAUGUGCUUAUAGGGAUCCCCUUACAAAAGAUAUGGUGACUUCAGAGUCUAGUGAAGUAAAGAUCCUGAGACCUGAAACAACUGGACCCUCAGUAGUGUCGUUGGAAGUAGAUAGACAGCUAAACAGGCUACGUACUGCAGAAGCAAUGUCUGAGGCUAGGGUUGCAGCAGAUCGUGGGGAUCUAUAUGCUGCAGUAUCGGUCCUUCAGAGCUGUCGUAGGGCAUUGUCAGAAUCUGCGUCUGCACGAGCUGGUGACAGGUUAUGCAUUUCACUGUGUGCGGAGUUAAAGGAGAUGCAAGAAAGGAUGGCCAACCGUGGUGUAUACGAGGCAUCUGGCCGGGCUUAUGUUCUAUCAGGUUUGAGUUCACACUCAUGGCAACGGGCAACAGUACGAGGUGAUUCCACAGAUAUUUCAAGCCUUGUACGAGCCUAUCAGACGCCAUCUAUGGUUGACAUGGUAACCCGUUCACAAACCAUGACAUUUGGGAACCCCUCAUCUAAACGGUCGCUCCGGGCGGCAAUGUCAUUUCCAGCAUCCCGAUCACAGCCAAGGUAACUGCAACAGUUCAUUGGAAACCUGUCCUCGCCCAACAUUCGUAUAUUCUAUAUCCACAAACCUCUUGUUUCUUUGAACUCCUAUCCGUUCUAAUUCCAUGUUUUAGGAAGUUGGGUAAACCGUGGAGGUUGGGAGAUUGGUUAUUGUCACAUAAUGGGUAUUAUCUUGGGGGAUUGGCUAUAUUUUCUUGUUUUGCUAUGUAAAGGGAAGGAAUAAGUGUUUGGAGAAAAAGGAGAUCUUCGAGAGAGAAGAGGAUAAAAUGUAAAAGGCGGCACUUGGGGGGUUUACAUGGACGCACAUUAUGUACAUAAUGGUGUCUUGUUUUCAAGAUUUGUUUUUUUUUUUUUUUUUUUCCCGCAAUGGAAUGGGAGGAAUGGUAUAGUUAUGUAAUUGGUGGGGAUAA